AUGGCAGUCAAGACACACACGCUGAUUUCGUUGUGGUUCGCCUUGACGGUACCAGUGAUUUUCUGGGAUGCGACCUAUUGCUUCUUCAGGCCGCGCUCGAUGGUGGGCGGCGAUCUACACUGGAUAUGGACACCCUAUGCUCUCUAUCAAGAGAUUGACUAUGUAUAUGGAUUGAAGGCACUCCAAGAAGGCAGCGGCUUCACCAACGCCCAAUCUGCCCUGAACGUUGUCGAGAACUUUAUGAACAUUGGCUACCUCUAUCUCGCGCACGUGACUAAAUCCCCCGUCGCUCCCCUCCUCGGGUUCGCGAGCGCUACCAUGACCCUCUCGAAGACGGUCCUUUACUGGCUCCAAGAGUAUUACUGCGGGGGUUGUGCGGUUGGCCACAACGACUUCAAGACGCUCUUCAUCUACUGGAUCAUCCCCAAUGGGCUGUGGCUCGUGUUCCCGAGCUACAUUCUUUACGUCUUCUGGAACGACAUCAGCUCGGCGCUCCAUCUCGCGGACAGGGCGACGGCGAAGACGAAGUCAAAGCAGCAGUAG